CCCGAAAUUCCGGCACAUGUGUUGAAGCUCUCACAACCGGUAUCAAAUUGAAAGAUCUAUUGUUAGUCGAGGGUAUGCGCCGUGUUGGCAGUGGAGAGAACGCCAGCUGGUUAUCGUGAUUAGUGCGCCGAGUGGCGGCGAGUCGGUCCGAGACGGAGGGCAGCGGAGUGUAGCGAAGUUCAGUCAGUCAGACGGCGGAGCCUGCGUCGGGUGUAUUCGUUAGUGGGCGUAGACUUGGUGGAUGCUACUGUUGCUUGCUGUACUCUGUUGCGUCACGGACUGAUAGCGUGUUAAAUCUCCGCUCGGCUGUGUGUGAUAGCAGUGUGCUAACUCUGUACUGCCUGUGUACUCCUCGCUGUACUGCCGUGGUGUGGUAUUGAUUGGAAUUCACCGCCGCUGUCUCGGGACCUGAUCGAUGUUGUUGCUAAAAGGAGAACCGGUACCACUGGGUCAGUUUGAGAGUGACCUCGCGAUGCCUAGACUACCCCCUCUGGACCCGGCCUCCGCCCUGAUGACCGGCUACAACGACUGCGGGGAAGAGGCCAUCCGCUACCUGAUGGAGGUGGAGAACCUCCCCGCCGACCACCCCCUUGUUGUGGGUCUCAGGUCGCACCUCAUUGAGCAAAGGAAAGCUCUGGACUUAGCCAACCUAAUCAGCGGUCCACCACUUUUUGGAUCUGGUCCUAAUUAUUCGUCGCCCUCUGAAGGGCAAACAGACUCUUCAUAUCAACAUUUACCCACGUCAGAGUUUCUUAUUCCUGGAUCACAUUCUGUAGUGACAGUCCCAGACUCGGCAGUGUAUCAGGACUUCGUGCCACUACACGGAGCGUUGCCCUCCAUGAGUGAAACAGACUUGUUAAUCCGGUCUCUGGCAGAGGAGAUAUUUUCUCUGCUGGAGGAAGAUGAUGGUUUUUAUGAUGAGGAUGAUGAGGUGGAAGAGGACAUGUCAUAUAGUCAUGUGGGAAACAGUUUACAGGCCACGGAGCAGUGAUCUCAGUUCCUAGAUUAUAUUUAUGGCUCUAUCAGGUGCAAUAUUCCCCAAACAUGUCCAUUAUCAACUUCAUUUUUAUCGUCUUGGCACUACAGUUUCCACCAUUGUUGUGGGACUACAGUUUCCACCAUUGUUGUGGGACUACAGCGUCCACCAUUGAUGUGGGACUACAGUUUCCACCAUUGAUGUGGGACUACAGCGUCCGCCAUUGAUGUGGGACUACAGUGUCCGCCAUUGAUGAGGGACUACAGUUCCCAUCAUUGUUGUGGGACUACAGCGUCCGCCAUUGAUGUGGGACUACAGCGUCCGCCAUUGAUGUGGGACUACAUCGUCCGCCAUUGAUGUGGGACUACAGCGUCCACCACUGAUGUGGGACUACAGCUUCCACCAUUGUUGUCGGACUACAGCGUCCACCACUGAUGUGGGACUAAAGCUUCCGCCAUUGAUGUGGGACUACAGCGUCCACCAUUGAUGUGGGAUAACGGCGUCCGCCAUUGAUGUGGGACUACAAUUUCCGCCAUUGUUGUGGGACUACAGCGUCCGCCAUUGAUGUGGGACUACAGAUUCCGCCAUUGUUGUGGGACUACAGCGUCCGCCAUUGAUGUGGGACUACAGCGUCCGCCAUUGAUGUGGGACUACAGCGUCCGCCAUUGAUGUGGGACUACAGCGUCCGCCAUUAAUGUGGGUCUACAGCGUCCGCCAUUGAUGUGGGACUACAGCUUCCGCCAUUGAUGUGGGACUACAGCUUCCGCCAUUGAUGUUCAGGGAAGUACUACUUCACCAACAGCACUUGUGUUUUGAAUAUAUGUGGUUUGUGAGCAUAUUUGCUGUACUGCAUGUGAACAUAUUCAUGAGUGACGAUUUGUUUCUGUAUUUGUCAUAUGUGCUGUUUUAUAAUAUAUCUGCAGUUUCUCACUAUGCCACAUCCAUGAAAAUACAUAAACUGCUAUGCAGGUGACUCAUUGUGCUAUUUCUAGAAAAUGCAUAAAUAUUUAUACAGGUGACACAGUAUGCUACUUCUAGCAAACAAUGUUGUUAAAUUGUUUGGCACUUGCAAAAUACGUCUUUUUCUUGUUCCGACACUUUCAAAACGUGCUAUUUGUCAGUGUGUCAAAAUGUGCUACCACUAGGGAAAAUAUUGACUCUGUUUUAUGUAUUAUCAUGUUUAGUUCUUAAAAAUGCAUAAAAUGUGCUAUGAAUGAAUGAAUGUGUACAUAACGGACGCUAUAGGUUCAUUUGUUUGGUGUCUUGUUUUGUUUCUGAAUGCAGCAAGUAGUCAAAGAAAAUAAUGUAAAUUUUGGACUAGUUACCAAUGUAAGUGUAAAACCGGUGAUAAAAAAGACAUACACAUUAAUUUAAUUUAAUUUAAUUUAAUCCUGUUAGACCAACAGUAGGACAAUCUGUAACACAACUGCAUGUAAAAUAUUGAGGGUUAAAACAAGGUUACUCGUCCCAACAUGUGCACCACAAUUGGACAAAGGCAUAUAAAAGAUCUCUUGCUACAUUAGAAAUAGCCUAUGAUUAAUUAAUCAAUGUGCUCUAGUGGUGUUUUUAAACAAAACAAACAAGGUUAGGACCUCCAUGGAAUCUUUGACUUCGGAUAUGAUUUACAACCAGUGGAGGACAAUGUGCAGACAGACAAACUAUUUGAUUAUAUUUUAGUCAGUCUCGCUAGCAUCAGUUGCAAAUAGUCUUCGAUCUCGUGUGAAUCGUUUCUGUAGUUCUUUGAAAUGAAUCCAGUGUGACACUUGGCAUUAUGCCCAUACAUAAAAUAUUGUAAUUGUGUCUUUAUUGUAUCUUAUUAGAUUCCCUCGCAUUGUUGUGUGUACAUUUUCUCAACCAGAAACUAUUUUGGGAUUGUUUUGUUGAUAUUGACGUGUGUAUUUAUAAUUUAUUGUAUGGCCAGACACAUAAAGUUGAACAAUCGAAAAA